CUAUCUCCUAAUGUCCUGAAGCUACUUCGUAACAUAACAAGGAUGGUGCUGCUCUUUCCCAUCAUUUUCCUCGGCUAUGAAACCUACAUUGGUUUAUCGGCGAGUUUAAUGGGGUGAUCAAUCAGGAAAAUUGCCAUGUAUACAAAAAUAAACAAUCUCUUUAGAUCCAAAAGGCUUCUCCUAAUGCACAAUAAAAAUAAAAACACUACUGCUACGAGUCGUUUUCCAGCAUUGUACUGGCUCAGCAGCGUCUGGAUCUGUGCGGGAACACACGGUCCUCUUUACGCGGCUGAUCGGCUUAAAAUGCAGUUCAUGUUGACCAUAAACGAGAUGACGUUGUCUGCUGGCCUCCAUCCCGCCUCUGGGUAGCCUUCUGCCGGCCGGCAUGGCCAGGAUUACCCGCUGAGGAUGAAUUGGAUAGUGCUGUCAGUUUGACGCAGCAGGCUGAGUCUCAGAUGAAUCACAGCCUUUGGGACGCUGAGGGGUUCAGCGGCUCCUUCACGGGUUUUCAUGAAGUUGGUAGGCAAGGAGGUGGAGAUGUUAGAGCAUGAAUGAAAUAAAACCCUCUGUCUCGCAAAUCCCACAGAUCUAAAAAGUUAAGUUAACCGCCAUAUUUUAUCUAAAAAAUGUGUGAAAACUAGGAGGAUUUAGGGAAACAUUCACCCGCGUGUCUAAAGUUGAGGAAAACUGAAAAUAGACGCCAUUCUCAUGUUCGUCCUCUCAGUAGGUUAGCUUAGCUUAGCAUGUUCAGCUCUAUCCAUAGAUGCGCUGUCCGUUGGUAACAGAAUCCACCUGUCUUUGGUUGCUCGGCAACGUCAAGGCGAAGUCACUGCUUCCGGCUAAGAAAAGGCAGUAGCGCAUAACCGAUGACAAAACAAAUUGUCAUUUUUACACUUCGGUUUUGUGUGAAUUAAAAAAAAAUGAGAAGAAGAUGCUGUUAGUUAUUGAGCUUCAGAGGUGCUGUUAGGUGGAUUUUGAUACCCUCAGACAGACUAUUACUACCAGUACACAGAGUGUGACAGCACAGGGUCACGAUGGAGGGUCGCCAUCCCUCUCAACCCAGGCUCCUGCUCAGACCUUCCUCCUCCGACCAGAGGAACCGACUGCUCUUUCUCCUGUCCGGCCGGGAAGUUUUUAGAGAUGACCACGCAGCAGUGCACGCCGUGCGCAGCCGGUUUCUAUUCGCUGGGCAGUGGCCUCCGUUUUGACCAAUGGGACGCCAUCCCUGCAGGCUUCACCAGCCUGGCCAGCUUCUUGGACCCUGGACCAAAUGGAGAGGACAUUCAGACCUGUAACAGCUCAUCAUGGAUGCCACAGGGUGUGUAUCUGGAGUCCAACCGCGAUGAGUGUACAGUGUCUUUGGUUUACGCUGUCCAUCUGGAGAAACAGGGCUCCGUCUCCUUCACCUACCAGUACCCAGACAACAACAUCUUCUUUGAGUUCUACGUCCAGAACGAGCAGUGUCAGGAAAUGGCCCAGGCUGAUGACCAGAAAUGGAUUAAAGUCACUAACAAUGGAGAAUGGGAAACACACACAGUGAGUCUGAAGUCUGGUACUAACAUCCUCUAUUGGAGAACCACCGGCAUCCUGGUGGGAGGGAAGAUGGUCAAACCUGUGCUGCUCAAGAACAUCCAAAUAGAGGGUGUAGCGUACACAUCAGAGUGUUUUCCGUGUCGGCCCGGUUGGUUCAGCUCGGCCCCCGGCUCCUCAUCCUGUGAGCCCUGUCCCAGCAACACCUUCUCCAUAAAGGGCGUCUCCUCCUGUACACCCUGUCCUGACCACCACUACUCACGUGAGGGAUGGGCAGAGUGUAAGGUGAGGCCGCCGUGCUCAGAGAAGGAUUACUUCCAGAUCCACACAGCCUGCGACAGCGAAGGGAAGACGCAGGUGUUGUACCGUUGGGUGGAGCCAAAAAUUUGUGUGGAGAACAUCACAGGGGCCAUGGAGCUGCCUGCAGUGGGGCAGAGAGAGCCCUGCCCCCCCUGCAACCCAGGCUACUACAACAGCAACGACUCCACCUGUUUCCCCUGUCCCUCUGGAACCCACUCUGAUGGCACCUUCGCAUGCACUAAGUGCCCUGCAGGUACAGAGCCAGUGUUAGGUUACGAGUAUAAAUGGUGGAAUGUGCUGCCGUCCAACAUGAAGACUUCCUGUUUCAACGUGGGAAACUCCAAAUGUGACAACAUGAACGGAUGGGAGGUUGCAGGGGACCACAUUCGCAGCGGAGCAGGCAGUUCAGAUAACGACUAUCUGAUCCUCACCCUUCAUGUGCCCGGCUUCAAGGUUCCAGCCUCACUUUCAGGGAUGACCGGUAGUGAGUUUGGACAGAUAACCUUUGUGUUUGAGACCAUCUGCUCUGCCGACUGUGAGCUCUACUUCAUGAUGGAUGUGAACAGUAAGAGCACCACAGUAGUGGAGUCCUGGGAAGGCAGUAAGGGUAAACAGUCGUACUCGCACAGCAUGACCAGGAACGGCUCUGUCACAUAUACAUGGGCCUUCCAGAGGACUAACCAUGCGCUGGACGUCCGUCGGUAUGUCAGUGACAUGGUGAAGGUUUACUCCAUCAGCGUGACGAACGCCCUCGAUGGGGUGGCGUCAGCAUGUCGGGACUGCGCUCUGGUACCUCAGAACUCCCAGCAGGCCGGCUCCUCCUGUGUUCCAUGCCCUGCUGGUUUUUUCAUUGACAGAGACACCAACCGAUGCCAGGAGUGCCCGCCCAACACGCACCUGGCAGGGAGCCACACCUACGGCCAGGAUGCGUGUGUCGCCUGUGGGCCUGCCAGUAUUAGCAACAAGGAACACUCUCGGUGCUACAGCGACUGCUCCUUCACCCACACGGAGAACAACCGUACGCUGACCUUUGACCUCAGCCCCCUGAGCGACGUGGCCUCGCUGACCAUCGGGCCGAGUUUCACCUCUAAAGGCACAAAGUACCUCCACCUGUUCAACAUUAGCCUGUGUGGCCACGAGGGGAGGAGAGCUGCCAUCUGCACAGACAAUGUCACCGACAUGUCCAGCAAGGACGACCAGAGCAGCUCGGCUCAGUUUGUCAACUCGGUGGACAGUUUCAUCUGUCAGUCAACCAUCAUCCCAGCAGAUGGGCGGGGCUUCAGGAUGGCCAUCUCCUCCCAGUCCAUCAGCCUCGCAGACACUUUCAUCGGUGCGACAGUAGACGCGGUAAUGGAUGGCAUAAAAGCUAAACCAGAGCUUUUUCCUGAAAACUCAAAGGAUUUUCCAGACAUCAACUUCUACUACAGGUCAACCCAGGCAACGGCCUCAUGUGAGCAGGGUCGUAGUUCGGUCAUCACUGUUCGCUGUAACCCGGAGAAGUCAGAACGAGGAGAACCCUCAGUGCCCAGCUCCUGUCCUGCAGGAACAUGUGAUGGAUGUACGUUUCAUUUCCUGUGGGAGAGCGCCAGCGCCUGUCCACGCUGUACUGAGGACGACUACCACAAGAUAGAAGGAGCAUGCAAGGGCGGGAUCCAGGAAACCCUGUAUGUGUGGAACGAGCCAAAGUUGUGCACCAAAGGUGUGCCGUUGCCUCCCAGGAGCUCCUCUCCGUGUGAGGCCAUCGCUCUGUGGCUGAAGGUCGGGGUUGGUGGCGGAGCCUUCGUGGCCGUGCUGCUCAUCGCUCUCACCUGCUAUUUCUGGAAGAAAAACAAGAGGCUGGAGUACAAGUAUUCCCGCCUGGUGAUGUCUGCCAACAAGGAGUGUGAGCUGCCAGCUGCAGACAGCUGUGCCCUGGCCGAAGGGGAGGACCCUGAGGACGACGUGGUCUACACCAAGAAACCCUCCCUGCUGGGGAAACUCCGGGCCAUUGCUAACAAGCACGAACACGGAGAGAACAGCGAGUCUGUGCAGCUGAACUCCUCUCAGUCUGAUCGAUGGGCCCUGGGAUAAACAGACGCCAGCAUAGCGAGAGCAGGGAGUUAAAUAAUGGAGGAACAGUCAGUCGGUGGCAGUCAGUCACUGCCCUCCUUCUUAUGUGUCCUUUGCCCCCCCCUUCACUGUGGGGGACACCACUACAGACACCAGUUUUUACUGGAAAAUGGUUGGCACUCAGAUGCUGGCAAAAACUGGACAAGAACACACAGGAAACACACUGCUGCUUUAAUGCCAUGGAUGCUCCAGGGAAGCAAAUGAAAGAAAAACAUGCUUUUAAUGUUUUUUGUAUGUUUUGUAUUUUUAUUUGGUAUUUUCUGUUCAGAGUCACGUAUUUAUAUCAAUGUUAUAAUGAUGAACCUUUAUUAAAGUCCUAUUUGACUUGA